GCGGAAUCGUUACUUUGUAAGUGGAAAUUAGUGUGCUACGUUUGAUGAGAACCAUAAAAAUAUAAUGGUUGUGUGACCUGUGCUGUUCUAAUCGUGUUUUUGAAAAUGUUUUAUCUUCGUUCUGCCCAAACAAGAAGCACAUAAAAAUAAAGAAUAAAACAGUAGAUGCGAUUGUCUGUAAGCCGGCCUCUGGCCUUAUCAUCAUAACUCAGUUUAUAAAUGCGAAACUCAAUAUUGGUUUUUCGGCUUGAAAUAUUAAUUAAAUCAAAAUUCAAGAGCUGAAUGCAGUCAAUUGCCGUCCAGUGGCGCAGCAAUUAACCGUGCGUGUAUAAAGUAAGCGGUAGGAAUCCCGCCAUUGUUGGUGGAUUACAGACGAUGAUGCAGCCAGCGGUAUGUGAUGACGUCUGUAGACAUCACUUUACAAUGCUACUUUCGACCCCUUCCAACGAAACGUGAUGCUACUAAAUCAAGCCCUAAAACCGUUGACGUGUAAAGAAGCCAUCACCAGAUGGGAAAAGGAAAAGGGCGAAGUCGCAUCUGAGGCUACAGUCAUAGAGAUGCAGUUUCAGUGGCCUCCGAUAGAAAAGAUGGACGGAGCUCUCUCUACGCUUGUCAACUGCGAAAAACUAAGUCUCUCCUCAAACAUUAUUGACAAAAUCGCAGGCAUUGCUGGCAUGAGGAAUCUGAAAAUUCUUUCGCUUGGUCGCAACAAUAUUAAGACAUUGUCUGGAAUCGAAACGGUUGCGGAAACUCUUGAAGAACUGUGGAUCAGUUACAAUGGCAUCGACAAACUGAAAGUGAUGACUGCCAUGAAAAAUUUGAAAGUUUUUUACAUAGCAAAUAACAAUAUCAGAGAAUGGGCAGAAGUAAAUAGAUUACAGGAUUGUCCCAACUUGCGAGACCUCGUGUUGUUCGGGAAUCCUGUGAUGGAUACGCAAGCUGACGCAGAAACCUGGCGCAAUCAGGUGCAGAAUCGCCUGAAGCAAGUCAGCAAGAUCGAUGGUGUGCCCAUCGUGAGAGUAGAGGAUUUUGAAGGGUAAUAAUUACCCACCCGGCUAAUUCAUAAGGCGUACAGUAAUGUUAUUUUGUAAUUUAUGUCAUAGCGUCUCUGGCAUACAUGUUGUUGGUCUAGUAGUAGGCGAAAAGCGCUAAACGCCGAAUACAUUUAAAUGUACUUAAUAGAAUUACAUGCUUCAGGGCCAAGCACGUAUGCCUUGAGUUCUUUUUAUUAAAAACGUACUUUUCUAGAUACUCUACGUUCAUAUACUAUAGAAUACAGUAUAGCGUUCAAUGUGAAUACGCUAUUUCAUUAUUAUAUACACUGUACGUUUACGUGACCGUAUACAUAAUAUUGUCUGUGUCUGAAUCAUUUCGUAUUAUUAUAUAUAUUUUGAAAUACACGGAGCCUUGGUAGGUUAAUUUUGCCUAUUAUUUUACCACACGUUUUUGUUUAAAAACAUGGAAAAUGACGAAUGAAUGACAUUUUAACUCAAACUGAUGAAAUAUAAUAUAUAAAAACAUAGCGUUAUGAGGGUGUCAUUUUCAAUUGAUAUUAAGACGCAGUGAGCAUAAAUUAUAAAGUAUAAUGUUAUUGUUACGAAGAGUCGGUAUUUUACUA